GUGACAAUUGAUGAUCCAUCCGAAACUUUUCCCUUUGAGCCCUGGUUCAUGAAGCCUGAAGGUGUGCUUUUCAGCCCGCUGGUGAAGGGCAUUGCAGGCUUUUGACAGUUCACUGUCACUGAAGGCUCCAGGGGCCUUGACUUCUGCUGGCAUUCACCAUGACCGUCUCAUGCUAUAUUAAAAGAAUGCCUUCGAUCUUGAAAAUGUCGGUGACUAUUUGAGAUUGCCCCCCAGCCCCCUAGGUUUGUUGAAAUGAGCAAUGAAAAUUAAUAAGGAAAGUCACCACCCUUAUAAUGGAUAGAUCAGGUUCCGUUAGUGUGGAUGUCAUGGUAACGAUAUAGGAAGUAAACUUAAUUUCUCACUUCUGCAAGUAGUCAUGACUACUGAAGAAAUAAAAAUUAUAAACUACAGCAGAAUUCAUUUUGGUACCUUUUAUGAAAAUCCUAAUUUUGUCUUUAACUUUGGGUAACUUUACGCUAAAGGUAUGAACAAGCCACGAGCUCAUUUUAUUAGGCAAAUACACACUAAUAAUAAUGCCUAGAAGAGGAUCAGUGCUUCACACCCGGACCCACUGGCUACUAUUGGGCCUGGCUUUGCUCUGCAGUUUGGUGCUGUUCAUGUACCUUCUGGAAUGUGCCCCCCAGACCGAUGGGAAUGCAUCUCUUCCCGGCAUCGUUAGAGAAAAUUACGGUAAAGAGUAUUACCAAGCCCUCCUGCAGGAGCAAGAAGAACAUUACCAAACCAGAGCGAGCAGUCUGAAACGCCAGAUUGCCCAGCUGAAGCAGGAGCUCCAGGAAAUGAGUGAGAAGAUGAGAGCCCUGCAAGAGAGAAAGCACCCAGGGGCCAAUGGCCUUGGCCCCCAAGUCCACAAGGAGCAAGCCCCCAGCGAUCUUCUUGAGUUUCUUCAUUCCCAGAUUGACAAAGCUGAGGUUAGCGUAGGAGCCAAACUUCCCAGUGAGUAUGGAGUCAUUCCCUUUGAAAGCUUUACCCUCAUGAAAGUCUUUCAGCUGGAAAUGGGUCUCACUCGCCAUCCGGAAGAAAAGCCAGUUAGAAAAGAUAAACGAGAUGAAUUGGUAGAAGUUAUUGAAGCUGGCCUGGAGGUAAUCAAUAAUCCUGAUGAAGACGACGAACAGGAUGAUGAGGAUGGCCCCCUCGGAGAGAAACUGAUGUUUAAUGAAAAUGACUUCAUAGAAGGUUAUUACCGUACUGAGAGAGAUAAGGGCACACAAUAUGAACUCUUUUUUAAGAAAGCAGAUAUUAUGGAAUACAGACAUGUGACCCUCUUCCGCCCUUUUGGACCGCUCAUGAAAGUGAAGAGUGAGAUGAUUGAUAUUACUAGAUCAGUUAUUAAUAUCAUUGUACCACUUGCUGAAAGAACUGAAGCAUUUGUACAGUUUAUGCAGAACUUCAGGGAUGUUUGUAUUCAUCAGGACAAGAGGAUUCAUCUCACAGUUGUGUAUUUUGGUAAAGAAGGACUAUCUAAAGUCAAGUCUAUCCUGGAAUCUGUCACAAGUGAGUCUAAUUUUAACAAUUACACCUUGAUCUCAUUGAAUGAAGAAUUUAAUCGUGGACGAGGCCUGAAUGUGGGUGCCCGUGCUUGGGACAAGGGAGAGGUCUUGAUGUUUUUCUGUGAUGUUGAUAUAUAUUUCUCUGCUGAAUUCCUCAACAGCUGCCGGUUAAAUGCUGAGCCAGGUAAAAAGGUAUUUUAUCCUGUGGUCUUCAGUCUGUACAAUCCUGCCAUUGUUUAUGCCAACCAAGAUGUGCCGCCCUCUGUGGAGCAGCAGCUGGUUCAUAAAAAGGAUUCUGGUUUUUGGCGAGAUUUUGGCUUUGGAAUGACUUGUCAAUAUCAAUCAGAUUUUCUGGCCAUUGGUGGAUUUGACAUGGAAGUAAAAGGUUGGGGUGGAGAAGAUGUUCAUCUUUAUCGCAAAUACUUACACGGUGACCUUAUUGUGAUUCGGACUCCAGUUCCUGGUCUUUUCCACCUGUGGCACGAGAAGCACUGUGCGGAUGAGCUGACCCCCGAGCAGUACCGAAUGUGCAUCCAGUCCAAAGCCAUGAACGAGGCCUCUCACUCGCACCUGGGAAUGAUGGUCUUCAGGGAGGAAAUCGAGAUGCACCUCCGUAAGCAGGCGUACAGAACAAACAGUGAGGCUGCGGGAUGACGUGUUAAAUACCACAGUCUGAACCUCAGACCAACACUGUCUAGUGAGCCUCGACUCCAGCCUCACAUUCGGUGCCUCUUCCAGAGAAGACGUGCUUACUGUUCAUAUUCUUUCUGAAAUUGCUUUGCAUCUCAACUUGAUGGGAAAUGAGAAGAAACCAAAAAAACAAAGCAUUUGAUGUCAAGCCUCUGCUUUGUGAAAAUACUGCGGAACAGUUGACAAAAUGAAAUUUGAUAUUUGUUACAAAAGUGGUUCUGAGUUCAUUUCUGUCUGCUGCCUGUUUUGAUCACAUGGUGUCCUGAUAGCAUCUGGCGGAGGGAAUGGUGUGUGCUGGGCUGUAGGCGGGUCAGUCAGACAUUUCCACAGGCCGUGAUGGACAGACAAGUCCCUUCAACUGCUGACAACCAAGGUGAUCGCUCUGCUUCACUGUGAAGUGAGAGCCUUGCCUGAGAGUGUGCAGAAUCCCCGGUCACUGAAGAAGCCAUGACAACAUGCACUCCUGCAGGUCACCGAACCCUUAACUUACUGUUGCUUAGCCUCCAAACGUUUGUUUUUAAACAAAUGGGCAAUGGCAGAUACAGGUUAGAAGCUAUGGCUUAAUUAUAAUCUAUUAUUGCAUUAUCAUGUUCAUAAUUCAUAAUCAAAGUUGCAGUAGACUGUUUUGAACAAACAAGUAAAUGCACAAACUUUUAAACACAACAUUUAAUUAUAUUGGUGUGCAGGAGACAGCCAUGUUUGGGCACAUCUGUUUAUGUAAGCCAGAUGCAUGUGAACCUUUCUGAAAAGGCUUAAAACAGAUGAACAUAGCAUGGUUUUAUAUGCAUUUGCUUCAUGCUGUCUUAUUAAGCAUGACUCCAUACAUAUUUACUCUUUAUUUUCUCAUACGUUAAUAUCUGCCACAUCUAUAUUUGCAUCUCUUAUGCUUGCGGUUAAAGAGCGUUUCACUGAAGAAGAAACCAGCGUAAUGAAGUAUCCCAUAAGAUCACUUUGAUUUGAGAAAAGGAAAGAAAGUGGAAAUUAGGCAAACAAAUCUUAAUUGUGGACUAUUUUAGAGAAACACAUGAUUGAAUGCUGUUUUAAUUAAAGUAUAAGUUAUGUAAAUGAGACGAGAUGAAUAGGAAAUUGUAUCCUGACAGGCCCGUGCUGUAAUCUCUUCACACUCCUUUUAUCAGAGUCCUUAUCUAGACCCAGAAACUGGAGCUAAAGUACAUUUUUUUGUAACUUUUGACCAACUACUUGUAUAUAACCCAUGAAAACUCACAAAAGUCUCCUCACUCAGUAAAUCAUGCUAUCUGAAAUAUAGAUACCAAAUUUUUAGGUGCUAUGUGAAUCCAAUUUUACAGUAACUUAAUUAUUCCUGCAAGUUGUAGGUUGAGAUAGUGUUUCGGUAUAUCUUGAAGAGGCAUAAAAUGUUCUCUACAGAAUAAUUCAGGCCAGUGUCUCCUUGUGUACACAGUUAUUUAUUACAGUGGCCAGUGAGUUUUCUGGUAUUGAAACUGAGAGCCCUUAAUUAUUUACAACGGUAAGCUGCUGCUUGUUUUUUGAGAUAAUCCAAUGAUGUUACUUUUACUACUAUUUUUAAAGCUAGCUUUUAAUUUAAAGGUGGAAAAUUUUCGAAAAGGAAAUGUUACUAUAUUUUUGACAUUACAUGGUACCAAUAAAGUAUUUUGUUACCAAAAGUUAAAUGAAAA